GGGUCUGAGGCUGGGUGACUGGGUCGAGUCGAUGCAGCCACAGACUGCAGUAUUUAUAACACGUGAGGCUGUCGCUGAAGCGGAGUUGCGUUGCUUCCAGAAAGCCGCUCAUCCACCGCUGCAGACCUCACUCUGAUCCCGGCGUGAGUGUAUCCUGACGAUGGCAGACAGCGCACAGUGUUUCUACUGUCGCGAGGACCUCGGGGGGAAGAGGUUCGUCCGUAACGAGGGCAGGCCGGUGUGCGUUCGUUGCCACACAAAGUUCUGCGCCAACUCCUGCGCCGAGUGCCAUCGGCCCAUCUCUGUGGAAACAAAGGAGCUCAGCCACAAGGGCCGAUACUGGCACGAAGAGUGUUUCCGUUGUGCAAAGUGUUACAAGCCUCUGGCAAAGGAGCCCUUCAGCACCAAGGAUGACCGCAUCAUGUGUGGAAAGUGCUGCUCCAGAGAGGAUGCUCCACGCUGCCACGGCUGCUAUAAACCCAUACUGGCUGGAACAGAGAGUGUGGAGUACAAAGGGAACUCGUGGCACGAUGAAUGUUUCACCUGUUACAACUGUAAACGACCAAUAGGAUCAAAGAAUUUUGUCUCCAAAGGAAACGACAUUUACUGCAGCCCCUGCUAUGACGACAAAUUUGCCAAACAUUGUGUCAGCUGCAAAAAGCCUAUAACCUCUGGAGGAGUGAACUACCAGGACCAGCCGUGGCACAGCCACUGUUUUGUGUGCAGCUCCUGUGCAAAACCUCUGGCAGGCACAAGUUUCACCAACCACCAGGACCAGGUCUUCUGUGUCGAUUGCUACAAGAACUCUGUGGCCAAGAAGUGCAGCGGAUGCCAAAACCCCAUCACAGGUUUUGGUAAGGGGGUGAAUGUGGUGAACUAUGAGGGCAGCUCCUGGCAUGAAUACUGCUUCAACUGUAAGAAAUGCUCCCUCAGUCUGUCCAACAAGCGUUUCGUAGCCAAGGGAAAAGACAUCCUCUGCAGCGAUUGCGGCAAUAAGUAGAGGCGAACAAAUCGGUGUUUGUUGCAGCCUUUUUAUUUAAUUUGUUUUGUUUCAAUAUCUUGUUUAUUAUCAAGCUGAAAUCUUGGAAGAUUAAGUGAUGGGAACAUUGAAACCAAAAUGUCAUUUUUAUCAGUUGUUUGCUCUGAUGCCGCAUGCUAACACGACAUACAUGAUGUGACGCAUAUGUUUGAAAUGAGAAAUUGAGUCUGGCAGUUUCCUGUAGGAGAGAUUCAUUAUAUUCAAAUAUGUAUUCAAAUGUGUUUUGAGCCACUAGUAACAAGUUUUCAUGGAAGGUGAACACGGUCAGCUGAGAUGAAUCAAGCGUUUCUUUCUGUCCCAAUGUAAGAGAAGAGUAUUUUUACAAACAUCUAUUAAUGCUAACUUUCAUUUCAUUGUUAAUUUUUUUUUUUGUAAGCGGAGAAAUUAAAGCUUGUCACGUUGCAGUUCAGCGAUAUAAAUAAUCAAAUUAAAUAUGUAAAGUUGCUUGAAUUGCUAUCUUUAAAUCUUCAUGUGUGUAUUUAAGUUUUUCUAUUUGCCGACUGCCACGUGAUUAUAUGCUUACUGUAUUUUUUACAGGAAAAUAAAUAUAAAAUUGGAAUAAAUUUUGCAUGUUCCCGUGAGUUUCAAAGCUGAAAUAAAUUUCUAUAAAACUG